UUUGAUUUGUCAAAAUCAGCUGAAAUCAAGUGUAGUUUUAUUUUCUAUUUAUUUGAACCUACUUGAAAAUGAAAAAGCUAUAUUUCUUAAGUAAUUACAGAAAUUUCUUCAAAAAUGCUUGGGCAGCAAGAUGUUACAGUAAUUCUACUAAAAAUAAUGUCAAUGAAAUGGAAAAUAUUCGUAAUAUUGGUAUUUUAGCGCACAUUGAUGCAGGUAAAACAACGACAACAGAAAGAAUGCUGUUUUACUCAGGCACCAUCAGAUCUAUGGGAGAGGUGCAUCAUGGGAAUACCGUCACAGAUUACAUGGAACAAGAGAGGCAAAGGGGAAUCACAAUCACUUCUGCAGCAGUAACAAUCCCUUGGAGAGGAGGGCAGAUCAAUCUAAUAGAUACACCAGGACACAUAGACUUCACAAUGGAGGUCGAACAGAGUUUGGCUGUUCUCGAUGGUGCAGUUAUAGUCCUUGAUGGAUCUGCCGGUGUCGAAGCACAAACAUUAACAGUGUGGAGACAGGCCAUCGGGUACAGAGUACCUCGGAUACUCUACUUAAACAAGAUGGACAGGAAUGACGCAUUCGUGGAGGCUUGCGUGAACUCGGUCACAGAGAAGCUGCAAGCCACGCCUUUGCUACUCCACCACACCGUUAGGCACGAAGGACGACUCAUUGGACUAAUAGAUUUAAUUAACCUAGAAGAGAUAAUAUGGACUCAAGGACGAGGACAGAAGUUCACUCGAAGAAAACUGACGGAGAAAGACGACGGUCACAAAUGGGAGGCGGCCGUUACUGACCAUAGACAACUCGUGGACACUCUCUCUUCUAUAGACGAUGAGAUAGCAGAGACAAUCAUAAACAACGAGUCUUUGGAGUUGAGCGCACGCGACAUAGACAAUGCGGUCAGAAGAUCUACUAUUAAAAUGAAAGCUUUUCCCAUUUUGUGUGGAAGUUCUUAUAAAAAUAUAGGGGUUCAAACCUUGAUGGACGGUGUCAUGUCAUAUCUUCCAAGUCCCCUGGAAGGACACGAGCUGUAUAAAUGUUUCGGUGAGGAGCUAGCGGGCAGGGCUUUCAAAGUGAUCCACGACGACCAGAGGGGAGUGCUGACCUUCGUGAGGCUGUACAGCGGCGAGAUGAAGAAGGCCCAGAAGAUCUACAACCUUGGACAGGACAGAAGCGAGCAGACGGGCGCGCUGUACGUGGCGUUGGCUGACGAGUAUCGUCCAGUGGAGUCAGUGGCCGCGGGCAACAUCGCCGUCGUGGGGUCACUCAAGGCGACCAUGACGGGGGACCUGGUCACGUCCACACAAGCGGCGGCCAACAGGGCCCGGGGUCGGCUGGCGACGCUGCUCCGCCUCCCCGGGCGGGCGGAGGAGCUGAUGCUGCCCAGCGCCAGGCAGAGGCUGCAGGCUCUCGACUCUGAACCAGAGCCUGAGGAACUUGCAGAAAUUCUGCUCGGCAUCGGCACCACCGUGCCCGAGCCCGUGUUCCUGUGCUCCAUCGAGCCCCCCAGCGCCAUGCACCAGGCGGCGCUGGAGACGGCGCUGGAGCAGCUGCAGCGGGAGGACCCGAGCCUCAGGGUCAACGCGGAUGACGAAAGCGGACAGAUCGUAUUGGCCGGUAUGGGCGAGCUCCACCUGGAAAUCAUAAAGGAGCGCAUCAUCAGAGAGUACAAGAUAGACGUGGAGCUGGGCCCGCUGCAGAUAGCGUACCGGGAGGCGCUGGUCUCUUCCGGCAAGAACACGCUCACUGUGGACAGGAAGAUCGGCGGCGCCAGGCAGCAGCUGAAGGUCACCAUGUCCGCCAGGACCGUCAAGGGAGUCGCUCAGGAUAAGAUCCUCAGGUUAGAUAAGACGGUCGAGAGCGCGUCGAACCUCGCGCAUCUGCACCCGCGGCAGCUGCAGGCCGUGCGGCAGGGGGUCGCCGCCGCGCUGCUGCACGGGCCCAAGCUCGGCUGUCCGGUGGUGGACGUGCAGGUGACGCUGCACUGGUUCGAGUCCGGGCGCGGCACCUCCGACUCCGUAGUGACGGCGUCCGUCGCCCAGUGCUUGAGGAAGGUGUUCGAAGAGGCGGACUCGAUCCUCCUGGAGCCGGUGAUGUCGCUGGAGGUGGUGUGUCCCGAGACGCACUCUCAGAGGGUGCUGGCCGACCUCUCGCGGCGGAGGGUCGAGGUGCAGCACAUCCAGCUGCGACAACACAACAAGGUGAUAGAGUGCAUAGCUCCGCUGUCGGAGGUGGUGGGCUACUCGUCGACGCUGCGCUCGCUGAGCUCGGGGCUGGCCACCUUCUCCAUGCAGUUCCACUCGCACCGCCAGAUGGCGCCGCAACACGAGCAGCUCGCCGUCAAGAAUGUCACCGGGUUCUAGACCUCGCGCUGCUGUCCAGUGUGCUUAGUGCGAGCUUUUUAACGUUCUCGAUAACGUAAAAGUUAACUCAAGUUUCUAUGGAGUUUGAACGUUUGCCUACGACUGUCACUAGGGGCGCUGUUCCAACUCCAUACAAAUUUGAGUUAACUUUUACGUUUGGAAGGUAGAGGUAAGGAGAGCCGUCUCAUAUGAGAGAAGCUUGAAAAAGUGUCCGACUUUUCAGUACUAAAUACAGUUCAAAAAUCCUCCUGAAUGGCGCUAGCAUAGGCACAGGGUAUGAUAUGAAUUGAGCAGUUAACUGAUUGAAGUAUGCUGAGUUAGGAAAUUUUAUAUAUUUAAUGACAGGAAAUUUUAUAUAUUUAAUGACUAGAGUAGUUAGUGACAGUGUAAUAUACAAGACCUCGCAUGUUUACGUAGUCCAUACUAAUUUCGUCAAUAUAACCUAAAAUUAUUGCUGUGGUAAAACGUGGAGACAUCGAUUGCAUUUUUAAUCAGCUUUAAAUAAAAUACUUUUCGUGAUUUUGUAGUGCUUUCAACGCCUUUUUUUAAAUUUACCCGGUGGCUACUGUAGCGCCACCCUUAUGUAGCAGAUUUUAACGAAACUUUUCACACACAGAGGCGGUUCUCCUUACCUCUACCCCUCCAUGCUUUUACGUUAUCGAAAACGAUAAAAACUCGCACUAAGCACACAGAUAAUGGCAGUUGUAUAGCCCCUAAGGCUACCUACGAUUAGGCAGGGGAGCUAAAAAGCGUUAAAAACGUUCACGCUAUCGAGAACGUUAAAAACUCGCACUAAACUCACUGCGGGCGCAGACACGGGCGGCCUGCUCCCUCCCGCGCCCCGCACCCCCGCCGCACCACUCUGAGACAUCGACCUUAGCAACGUUAAAUGCUGUAGAUUGUUAAAUGAUGUGUAAAUAAAAAGAACACGAGAACAUGGUGA